AUGUCUGACUGUGAGAAUGAUUUGUUGGGCACGUCUUCGUCGGUAUUAGUAAACGGUUGGACAGUUUGGUACGAGAAGUUUGGUUCGGGACCCAAACCUGUGCUCCUUAUUUCGGGUGCUAUGGGCACCGGACGGACCGAUUAUAUGCCACAACUGGAUGGCGAACAUGAGCUGGACUUUGAAAAGUUCACUAUAAUAGCGGUGGAGGCGCCCGGUUGGGGACGAUCGCGACCACCGAUGCGCAAGUACUGCACUAAUGUCUACAAUAACGACGCCCAGUGUUUUCAGGCCGUUAUGCAGAGUCUGGGAUACGAGAGGUAUUCAAUAAUCGGAUGGUCAGACGGGGCCAAAGUGGCGCUCCUGAUGGCUGUCCAGUACUCCCAGUGCGUGGAAUCACUGGUGUUGACCGGCAUCUCAACGCAUAUCACCGAUCGGUGCCUAAGAUUUUUUAGGAGCGCACAAAAUAUCGGCUGUUGGGGUAUAAUUGAAUUUGAGUUGCGGUCCGCCAUUCGGCACUGGUUUGCCGUCUUGAGUGACCACUUUGACGACACACGUGUUUUUCAGUCCUGGUUUGAAUGUCUCGGACGGCUUAAUCACGUCAAACCGCACAUCAGUUUCGUAUACCUCCACUGUAUUGGAUCCGAUGAACUGCUUUCCGGUCGCCGUUUCAGUUACUCGUGCCGUGAAUACCAUUUUAAUGUCAGAGUCGAGAGAGGGUCGUUGGUCCACUUUUACGGGGACAAUCAGUCCAGCGCUACCGUAAAUCCAAGCCAUUGUCCGGAAUAA